AUGAGAGCCGGACCACAAUGCUUUUCAUUUGCAUCGAUCAUUAAAAGAUAUAAAGUCGCUAAAAAAUGUUCCAAAAAAGCGGUACAACCUGGUAGUCACCGAUUUCUUUGCGAUACCGAGGAAAUCCUUAUUUGUAGAGAAAUCGAAGCUGCAAAUGCUCUUUUUGGAAUUGAACAGAGAAAUAAAUAUACCAUCCGUGACCCUAAACAACCAGACUCUGUGAUUGGCCAUAUUUACGAAGACAAUGCAAAUUCUUUCCUGCAAAGGCAACUUCUUGGCCGCUUCCGUCCAUUUUCACUGAUCGUUUGCGAUCAAAAUUGGGAUAAAAAAUUUGUGCUCACUAGGCCUUUUACUCUUUUCCAAUCAAACGUACAGGCCCAUGAGUGCAGCUCAAAUUCAAAAGUUGGGAGUUCCAUGCAACAUUGGCAUUUAUGGAGACGGCAAUAUUCACUGCUGAACGCGCAAAAUCGCAUGUUCGGUUCCAUAGAUGCCGGAUUUCUUUCUUGGGAUUUUGAAGUAAAUAGGAGCGCAAAGAAGGCUCCUUGUUUGAUUACCAGAAAUUUUACACAUCUUUUGAAAGAGGAUCGCUUCUGGAUCCACUCCGACCCCCUUUCAAUUAGAAGCCUUUGGAACGGCUCCUCCGUUCGUCUUUGCGCAGAUGGGGCGGCAAAUCAUUUGCUUCGUAUUCUUCCAAACUUUGAUUUCGAGCUACCAAGCCAAAUCAUUGGAGAUCUUGACUCGAUCACACAUGAAACGAGGCAGUAUUUUUUGGAUAAGUUUUCUGGAAGAAUGGAUAGUGCCUUUAGCAUUGUUCACUCGGUUGCCGCUCUUUGCUCGUCAUCGCCAAACAUCACUGCCCUUGUAAUUACCGGAACUUCGUCUUUUUUCAUCGUGCUUCCAACGGGGAAAUACGAACUUUUUAUUGGCCUCAAUUUGGCUGAUCAUCUGCGCAUCGGAGAUCACAUUGGAAUCGUUCCCAUUUCCACGAAAGAAACCAUCGUAUCGACAGACGGGCUGUAUUGGGACUUUGGUAUCUCUAUUAUUUAUUGA